CGGAUAUGCUAACCGGAAGUGCCGUGAACGGGCGGGAAGUUGAAAGUUUGAUAAUUUCAGAUAAUAAAAAAACCAAAACAAAAAACAAUUCCGUUACCAAGUUAAGUUACCGUGUGUUAAAGUAGAGCCGCAGCUUCCACGGAGCAGAGUGUAGGGAGUAACAUCAGCUACGUUAACGGUACCUACCCGACCCGGGCAGCGGCUGUCGGUGUCGCUAGCUGACGUUAGCUCGCUCGGCUACAAGUUGUUUACUGUCUGUUGUCUGUCAGGAUGGCGGACAGAAAUCUUGUGCAGGAGUUGAAACGAUGGGCGACAGAGGAGUUCAAUCUGCCUCCGGACAGCUUGCCGAAUGACAGCUAUUUUAAAACACUCUGUGUCGGGACGGGGAAGUCAAUAUGGAAAUAUGUCAUCCAACACGUCUUUCAACAGAGGAAUGUGAGGAUCAUGCGUGGCAAUCUCCAGUGGUACAAAGUUCUUCAAGACAAAGAGUUGAAGCAGGCGGAUGGCCAGAGUGAGGCUGCUAAGCAGAGAGAACUUCAGAGGAAGAUCGAGCAACUGAGAGCUGAGAUCAGUCACCUGGACUCUCAGAUCAGUGGAACAGACGAACAGUCGGCUACUCAAGAGCGGUCCAUCAGCCGUACCUGGGCUCAGGUGGAGGACAGCCAGCGCAGAGAGCUGCUUCUUCAGGCCUUCAGGCAGCGCUGCAUCUUGGGCCGCCAGGUGCUCGCUGAUGACACACAAAAGAUCUCUGAGCACUGCCAGGCGUUAGAACAAAUGGCCAGGAAAGCUGAGAUUGAAGUGCUGUUUGAUAAUAAACCUUCCAGCGGCAGUGAUGGUGACAACCUCAACUCCAAAGCUGCAGCAGAGGCACAGGUCCUGCGCGAAGUGAGAGAGCUGUGUGACGACAGGCUCCACUUCUAUCAGUCUUUACAGGAGAGUGAGCUGAAAACGGGACACUCUGCAGCCAAACAUAUGACUCGUGAACAAAGGACUGCUGUGUUUCAGUACUGGCUCAGUGCUGUGGAGAACCUGUUGGGUUGUUAUCCUCCAAACCACGUCCUAUCAGCAUUGGAGUAUUUAGCCUCCAGAGAGCAGAAGGAACUAGAGGACAAACUCACCUCUCUGGAUGUGACACAGGAUGUGACGGCUCUACGGUUCCGCUAUGAAAGCAAUCACCUACUGGACAUGUCAGCAGAAGAGGAUAAUGAGUUGCCAUCGGUUAAGACCCUCUUAGAGGCUGCUUGGGAAGAGGUGGAGCAGAGUUUGGUGGAACUGGCCCAGACCCGCUCCAGAGUCCAGCAGCUCCGAAACCAGCUGCAGGCCCGCAAGAAGGAGGCUGAGCUGGAGGUGUCUGGUAUUGCAGAUGAUCUCCACAAUGAUACCUCGGCACUGUCAGCUCUAGAGGUGGAACUCCAGUGUGUUAUGCAGGCUGCAGCCAGGGAUCAUAUCAGAGAUCGUUGUAUCCAACUUGACCAUCAUGCCAGAAGCCGACAGGAGGCACUUAGGAACCUCCGCAGCCAGUGGCAGAGCAUCCUUGACUUCAGACAACUAGUGGUUCUCAGACAGGAGCAUAUCAGAGGUCUGAUUAAGGGGAACUCCACAGCCAAGACGGAGCUGAUCCGUCUGCACACAGAGUUACAGGACUUCGUCCAGGACAAACUGGUGCCGCAGUUUGAAGAUGUCACCACUGCAGCCACCAGUCUAAGGAACUUGAUUUCCAAAGAGGCCAGACAGUUAGGGACGGUUUCGCUUCUUGCUCUGGACUGUAGGACUGUUGAAGGAUUGCAAAGAGUCCCGGCAUCGUGGUUGUCCAUCCAUCGCUUGCAGUCGCCGACCUUCAGCAGCUUGUGUCAGAGCCUGGCAUUCCCACUGUACAGGGCUCCAGAGGAGUUGUGUUCCCAGACACGCUCCCAGCAGCUUGAGCUGCGUUUUCUCCGUCAGUUACUGCAACUUCACUCUGCUACUCUGCAGAAGAUACAGAAGGAAGCAGAACAGCUGCAUGCAUCUGAUCAAAAAGCUCUGCUGUCCAGAGUCAUGGAGGAGGAUCAGAAGCUUCUGAAGACUCUGGUACCAAGAGUCAGAGGCCUCACGCAACGCUGUGCCCAAGGCCUUUCUUAUGGGGUCCAAGUCAAAACUGCCAUCUCUUACUGGUGGGAGAAGCCGGCCCAACAUGUCCUACCGGAGGUCAGUAAAGGAGGACUGACUUAUCAACAGUGGCUACAGAGGUGGAGACUUGCUGCCAAAGCCUCGUAGUUCAAUGAAUAUAAAGGAGAUCCAUCACAGCACCUUUCAGUGGCAAACUGACCAUGCUACAGUAGUUAUAAAAUGCACAUAUAGCUAUAACUAAAUCACAGUUCUGUUUUUUUUUAUUCUCAUUACUCCUGUUGAUGUUUUACCAUGUGAAAGUCAGUCACUAAUAAAUCAUUUUAAAUCCA